AUGGAAUCCGUUGUCACCUUCCGACCCGCGCUGCCGCCGUUGCAGACGAACGUCCACCGAAGAGAUGGUAGCCUUGGAAGCCCGCUCGAACUCGACCUCCCAACGAGCCCGACUGCCACCAGGAAGCGUGCGAGCUUCAUUAGCAAGAAAAUAAGAAGCUUCAGUAUAUCCUCUCGCUCGUCUUUCGAUCUCUCGGACAAUGGCGAUUCACGCUCUGGCGCCAAUACACCGCCACCGCGUCGAGUGCUUCAGAAGACCCCUACGAUGAAUAGUUCGUCCAUCUUUCGCCGAAUCAGCCGCCGGGCGUCGAAAGACUCCAUGGCGAGCUCACAGACUUCGGACGAGUCUGUGAAAUUCGCCUCCAUGACAGUGCUCAAACACGGGCCCCUCAAGAUCGAUGCUAGACUUCGCAAAGCCCGUGCUGACUACCUCGUUCUUACCGAUGCCUGCCUCCUCGUCUUUUCCACCGUCGAUGCCGCGAGAUCAAUCUUUCCCACCAUUGGUGGCGCCCCCCCAAACCGAUUGAGUAGGUCCUCCACUGUUUCUUCGUUGAACCACGAGGCCGGACCGUCCGAGAAAAGGGUAGAGAUUCCCCUCGGCCGAAUUAUCGAAAUAUCCAACGACGAAGGGUUGAGUCCGCAUUUUGCACUAGAUGUAUGGUGGUCUGAAGCUCCCCCGACUGUCGCAUGGGCCCACGUGAAGCUUCUCUUCGGAUUGCCGCAAGAGAGGGACCUGUGGAUGUCAGAUAUUCGCCGUGCCGUCAGGGAACUCCUGGGAACGUCCUCCGUGCCCGUAGGCCUCAUUGCCCCCAAUGUCGAGUCCCGGAUCCGCCAAAUCGUCGCAGAAGAAGAGCCGGGUUAUUAUGGUGGCCCUCUCGGCAUAUUCCCGGUCGUACAGACUCUACCUUCGCGUGCAAAUACUGAGAGCUAUGAUUUCGGAAAGAAGUGGAGGGACGCCCCGUCGUAUUAUCUGCUGCUCGGGAUCAAUAUGUGCUAUCUAGUGUGUGUACCCAAGACUUCGGUGCACAAACUCCCCGAAGACCUUGACAUGACCUACGUGGCGUUCGGUCUCACUUCUCUCAUCCGUUUCAGGGCGACCCUGAUUUCCCAUGACGACCGAUUCGCUCUUGGAUUUCGCAUGCCCGGCGAGUCCGAAAAGCGUCUUGAACUGGCCAGCCGAUGGUACAGAGAGAUUGUCGCGACUUUCAUGAAGGCAGAUCGUAUUGUUAAACCAGCGUGGCCUCAGCAUCUUCAACACGACAUCUUCAAGGUCCAAGGUCUCACUCCCCAGCUGUAUCUUCCUUUGGGGGAAGACUUUGGCGGGUUCCGGAGGACGCUCGAAGCCUACUGCGCGACGUACGGCUGCGAAUCUCCCGAGUGGACGGUGAGCUGGAAAUGCCAAAAGCAGGAAUACAACCCCGAGUUUCGACUCGUCCGUCCCAGAGUGGCCGGUGGCUAUACUCGGUUUCAACUGCUUGCCGUCUUCAAAGCCCUUCGUUACAAUGAUUACUUCCAGUCGUUGUCAUUCAGGGGCGUCGAUUUUAGGCCGCUCUGUGGCUGGUUCGAUUCACCCCGUUUCUCCGACUCCGUGGCAGACGUAUCCCGUAACGGAUUGGUCAUUGACAGCGUCCAUCGGGACAUCCUGAAGGCCGCACCAAUAUUAUCCCGGGAGAUUCACGCAAUGGCUUUUUCCUCGGGCUCUAUCAGGAAGAUUGAUCUGACAGAUGUCUUGUCUUCCUGGUGCGAUCCAUCGAACGUCCGAUCCGGUGUCAGCAUCGAACAAGAAAUAGCGAGGCCGCUUUUCCUGCUCUUGAAAACACGAAACACCCCCCUCGAUACGUUGCUCCUCGGUGGCAAUCCUCUGACUACUGCUGAGGUGGACGACCUAGUAUCAGCACUGGCCAUUCCUGGCACAAUCAGCCAUCUGGAUAUUUCCCGAUGCCGCCUCGACGAGAGUAGCCUGGAGGAUAUUUGGGACGCACUUCAACACCAGGGACUGAGCAUGGAAGUCCUCAACACGUCUCACAAUUCUGGCAGUAUCGACUACUCGGUUGUUCGAGACAGUCUCGUGCACUUCACUAGUCUGCGGAGUCUCAAAAUCGCAGGCAACUGUCUGGGCCGGUAUACUGACUUUCUAUUCUACGACGAAACGACAACGAAGUGGUCCCUCGAGGAGUUGGACCUUUCAGACGUCAGACUGAGUGAAGAGACCAUCAGAGUGCUGGCCACCUACCUGUCCUCGCCGGCGUCCCAGAAUUUGAAGAGCCUGCACCUCAACAACUGCGGUAUAAACGGUUCGGAUGUGGCGAUGCUCUUCCGCAGCAUGGGACAGAACCGUGAGUUGGUCUGCUAUGUAAGCGGCAACCCUAUGGAAACCGGUGGUAAUGAUUUGGCGAGCGCCGUUGCCUGCAACUUUGGGCCAAAAGCAUUGUUCAUGGACAUGAUCGAAUACCGGGACGAGGUCGACUUCAUCAAGAUGAUCAGGGCUCUGGCCGUUAACAAGACCAUAUCCCUGUUGAGUCUCGUGGGCACAGCAACCCCUGGUCAGGUCAGCGAGGAAGCCUGUGCAGCGGUGUCAGAUCUCUUCGCCACCAACACCGCCCUCCGGUGCUUGGAUUUCUCCGGGUAUUCGGCCAAGCUGGACGAGGGCCAGCUGGGACUCGGCUUCUCACGUGCCCUGGCAGGACUAGCCCAGAACAGAUCGCUCCGACAUUUGCGAAUCCGCAACCAGAAACUUAACAUGAACGUCGGAGACUUGGCCUCGGCCAUUUCUACGAACGCGACCCUUCGGACACUCGACGUCCAUGACAACGGGUUCAACUUGUCGAACUUGACGCACAUGACGAGGAGCCUGGAACGGAAUACGUCUAUCCACGAGUUCCUACCUUUCUCUCAGCACGAGCUCGACCGCGCCAUCCGAACCAGCAUGGAAAGCGUCGAAGUAGCCACCGUUAAGCCGGGGCUGCGACGUCGACUGUCGUCUAAGCAUGCGGCGAGACCCGCGGGCCUUGGCAACGAUGAGAGGAUGAUGCUUCUGCAGGAGCUGCGCGGAGCGUGGACGGCCAAGCUGGACCAGAUCGAGAGAAUCCUGGAGAGGAACAGAGUCGCGGCAGCAGCAGCUAAGAAGGCCCUGCCGCGGUCGUCCCUAGGAACUGGGCACGGUUACGGUUACGGUUACGGUUACGGUUACGGUUCUCAUGGCAUUAUCGACGACCUACCGACCUUGUUUGGCGGGCUUGCUACUGUCGACCGCGGCAAGAAGCAGGCCCAGACUACGGAGGCUGCGGCCGAUAGCCGGAAGGAGACUGAAGAGGGUGAAGAGAUGACCAGGCCAUGGACGCCUCCGCCCCCGGCGGAAUCAGUUGGUACGGCCCAGGGCGACAGCAUUGGAACGGCACCACAUCACGUAUCGGGCGAUAAAGUAUUGGACAGCCCUGUGAUCGACGUAACGGAUCUUUUCUCGAGCCUUUACACUCCGCCAGAAUGGGCCGUCUCUGACGAGUCUCCCUGA